AUGCUGAAUUUGGAUGCGGCCGGCGGCUCCUUGCCGAUGUGUAGCUGCCCCUUUCCGGGAAUGAACGCUCUGUUGGUGGCCAAACCUGAUGCGGUCUUUGCCUACGAUCCGGAUGAGGGGAACAUGUCAGCGAUGCCCCUGGACGGUCAGAAGCUGUUGCUGGAGCAGUUCAAGUCCUAUUUCGUGGUGGUCACGAAGGACGAUGCGACGCCCAGUUUCACAGCAGGGCCAUCCUCGAUGCCAAAACAGACGGAGUUAACGUCCUCGCGCUUGCAUGCAAACCGAUUCUUCUUCACAGCACAGGAAGACGAAGACCCUGAGAUCGUUCGGGAGAAAGCUCGUAGGGUUCGAGCCUUGGGCUUAGAACCUCCGCGAUCUGCUCAUUUCAGGCAGUUUGCACGUCGACAAGGGUUGAUGACCGAUGUGGUCGAGCAGGCACAGACAGACGUCGUUGUGCCACGCCAAAGCUCGCCCACCGGAGCCAGCCACGGCGACGGCAGCACUGUGAAGCGUGAUACAAGCGAAGACGAGGGAUGUAAGACGUCCUCAGUGGACACUUUUGAAGAGGCCGACGGCGCGCUGCGGCAAAGCGGGAGGUUUUGGGAUGAAGCGAAGCUGAAAGAACCGAGGCGCUUUCCUGCAGGGCCUACUGACUGGAUGAUCCUGGACCACGCUGAUGCAUGCGAGACCGCUGCACAAGCCCCUGGGUGGUUCAUGCCCCGACUGAACAUCGUGGACCAGGGCAACCAUGUGUUUUCGGAGUGCCGCUUUCACAAGUGGUGCGGGGAAGAGCCCGGAGUGGCUUUGUAUGAUGCUGAGGAAAUGGAUUUUGCUGCGUGGGUCAACUACCCCGCCGGCCAAGUUUAUGUUCAGGAAGUCCCCCCGCCACUGGUGGUGACGUGCAGCCUGACCCGCAUUGAAGAGGGGUGCUUUGAGGCCGUCUUCACAACAAUGGCUGGUGAGCGGAUCUUGCACAUCCCCAGAACUUCGAACCUUUCGGCAAGCAUGGAAGAGCUCGCGAUUGAUGCUGCCAUUGCCGCCGUGGGCCAGGGGCGCUUGCAGAGCCGACCCAUAGUCUUUGCUGAUGGCUCCUGUGCACGGACUGCCCUGUCCACCCAGGUUUCAGGGACGCAGAUCUUGAAGGAACUGGGCUCCAGCUGGAGCAGUUUGACUGCAGGAAGUUCCGGCCUUAAGCUGGAGCAGUUUGACUGCAGGAAGUUCCGGCGUGAAACGAAGCAGUUUUUGCGCUUGCAUCCUCUGCAUCCUCCUGUCCUUUUUGGUCCCGAGUUGUCGGUGCAUGUCACUGCCUCAACGGUGGAUUUCUUGGCUGUUGGUCUGUUUGUGAUUUGCCUCGAACUUGUCUGCGUGGCCCAGUCGCACCUGAGCGGCCAACAUUUGGACGGCAGCCAAGCUGACGAGCUGUCGAGUGUAGCGAGAGGGAGAUUGCAUGAUGCCAUCUCAGAAGCUCACACCAUUUGCGCCAUGGACACGCCGGAUGCAAAAUGUGAGCCGACGAGGCGCUUGUUGCUUCUUGCCCUCGUGUUUAAGGAGGCUCGUCAAAAGAAGCAGCCGAAAGAGUUCGAUUCCAAGCUGAAGGGCAAAGAUCCUGCAGAAUCUGCCUUGCUUCGGAAGAACCCUGCAAACAAGUCUCAUGGCAAGGAUCCAGAUCGAGAUGACAAUGCUGCCCAGGCCGAAUUUGAAUUGGACCUGUUCAAGAAGCAGCUGGGCGAUGAGCGCGCCAAGAGUAGCGGACUUGGCGCCCUCGUGUUUGCAAUUCUCGCCGAGAUGCUGCUGCGGGCUGUGAAGCGGCGUCAAUACUGGUUGAGCUUUAGCAGGACCUUAAGCAAUGAGAUUCCCAUCGCACAGCAGGGCUGCUGGAUUUUCCGUCGCUCGGCGGAUGAUUUGGAAGAAGAGGAGGAAGAGGAUGAGGAAAAGACUGUUUUGCUGCCUCAGGCUCAGCAAGAACACUUCGACUGGCUGCAAGCACUUGCUCCCGUGCGCAUGCACCUGCAUUCGGCCAAGGCCUUGGCUUGCGCUGGUCUCUCACGUAACCCUUUGCUGAAUUGGCCACACGCUCGAAAGGUUUUCCGCGGCUGGGAGGGUGACCUGCUGCUGGUGGCGUAUCUCCGUCAUCCAGCACGUUGCGUACCAGCACCUGCUUUGGCAAAACUCUGUGAGGCUGUUGGGGCGACGCCUUUCCAACCGCUGAAUGCAAUUGAGCGCGGGGUCGGGCAAGUGUGGUUCGGCCUCAAUGGCGUGCUUCGGUGUUUGAAGGGCAUACAGGCAGGUGUUUGCAGAACAGCGGGGCGAAAACUGUGCGAAGGCUCCUUUGUGGCUGCGCCACAGCGGCUGCAAGCAGCCGGUGGGGUGCUUUGCCCCGAGUCGUUUGUGGGUAGAAGUUUAGUGGACCCGCAGGCCAAUCCUGUUGGUAGCCAGUUCACGGACGUCACGCACGUGGUGCCUGCCAUGCGUCGGAUUUAUCUGGUCUCCCGGGGCGGUGCAGAUGGAAACACCGUCCUGUUCGAACUACGAGAGAAGCCCUUGACGGAACGCUUGGUCUGGGUGCUCAGUGCUGGAUCUUGGGCGCUUGGUAUAGAUGUUUUGGUGAAGAAGAGGAUGUUCGAAUGGGCCGCAGAGGUGGCGCUGACCUCCAAAGCGGCUCCUGAGGUCACAGCAGAGAUCUAUCGGCAACACGGUGAUGCGCUCUUUGAAAAGAGAGCCUAUGACCAGGCCCUUCAGAUCUACAGCAAGACGGUGGAGCUGGGUUUACCCUUGGAGCCAUCCUAUGUGGUGGAGCGCUAUUUAGAUGCCCAAAGAAUCGGGCACGUGGCGCAAUACCUCAAAAAGUUGCACGAGAAGGCGCUGGAAAUGCUGCGCAGCUUGUUGUUUACCCACUUGGGGAAACGCUCCAAGAGUGACAUUUUCAGCAUUAUGUCAGAUCCGAGUUUGCCCUUCAGGUUAUACCCUGAGCACCAAAGGCGAUAUGAGGACUACCUCUCUGCCUUUGAAGUGAUCGAUCCUGACUACGCGGUGGCGCUGGGGCGGGCAGUCGAGGGCGCUUCCGAGCGAAUCGAUGAGGAGGGCUUUCUGCCACGGGCUGCCCUUUGUGCGGUGUUCGCCCGAGCGGCCUAUGGUGCUCUCAUGCAAAAGGGAGCAGGCGAUCGUGUGAGUGGUUUCCUGGGUCAAGCGGCGAAGUCCUAUGCCGGGAACUUCAAGGAUGAAGACCACACGGAGGCUUUCGUUGAGCUCACCGGUGCCAAACGUGAAGAUAUUGUCAUGGCACAUUGGACUGAGAAGCCGUUUGAACCUGCCUAUGUGGUCUUUUGGGUCCACCGAAUGCGUUGGCUGGUCCUCUCGGUGCGCGGCAGCUGCGAGUGGUCCUCGGUGCUCACGGACGUGGCGGCCGAGGAGAGCUUGCUGGCGGGCGGCCUGGCGCACAGCGGCAUGGCACGGGCUGCCAGGUGGAUUUUGACCACGGCCGGGCAGUGCAUGGCUGAAGCUCUUGCUGAGCGAGAUGAGUAUCGCCUGGUUUGUACUGGCCAUUCUCUGGGUGCCGAUGUGGCUGAACUUGUCGCAGUGAUGCUCAGGGAAGGCGACACAAGCCCCACGGACAUCCCCAAGUGCUUGGGUGGGCGCCAGGAUCUCGAGGCAUUGGACUCGUUUCUGAACGUGGAACCGCCAACCAAGGGCUACGGAGCCAAGGUGACCCUAUGGGGCGCCAACGGGCGGGCCAGGGCCAGGGAUGCAGAGCCGCACGUGGCUCCAGCAUAUCCUUCAGCCAUGCGACGGGCCUUUGCUUAUGGCUUUGGCGCCUCCCCGAUCGUCUCCCCUCAGCUGGCUGCAAGAUGCUCCAGUUAUGUUCUGUCUGUGGCUUUUGAUGUGGACUACAUCACGCGGGUCUCGGUCUUCGGCAUUGACCGCUUGAUUCUGCAGCUCACGGAGCGCAGUGCAGCCCAGUUGGCCAAGCAAUGGAUUUCCCAGAAGAUGGGCCGUGGUGGAGGCGACUCUGCUCAGACGAUGAAACCAUUGGGAUUUUCUUGGAUGUUUUUGUGA